AUGGUUUCAGUGAUCGCACCACCUUUUGCAUCAACGCAACAAAUACUCUCUUCUUCAGAAACAGCAUCUUUAGAGAAACGUGAAGUAUAUGAACAAUGUAUAUCGUCUACAGGUGGGCGUUUUAGAGAAAUGUCUUUUUCUCAGGACUCAGAAUCCACACAAAACACAGUUCAUACAUAUAUUGUUAAUGCAUUGGAAACCCGAGGAAAAGGUCAUGGGACGCCGUAUGAAGACCUUCGGAGACAGUUUUCCUGUGAUCCAAUGUCAGAAGGAGCACCGUCUUCUGUACAAUUAAAGCUACUAUUGCUUUCUUUGAUCCAUGUUGCAUCUAAGUUAGAUUCAAAACACCAUGAUCUUAUCAAAGAUGUAUUGAAAACAUAUUGGGUUAAGAGGGAUGACGAGUUUGUUUCUGUUUAUAUACAAUUUUUGGGUACUAUUGCAAGUGCACAUUCAGGUUAUAUUCCAUUGAUUAUUCAAAUGUUGGUUCAGUCAAUAACAUUAGAUCUGGACUCUGAAGAAUCUUUCAGUGAAAUACUCAUCACAACUAAUCUUAUUUAUGACCGUAUACAUCUUGCUUUGAAAUAUAUAUUAGAUUUAGUUCCAGUAUCUUAUACAUUUCUCUUUUCCAUAUUGGUAACCGAGUUUCCACACAAAAGCUACAAAACAUCCCAUCAAGUUACUUAUCUUAAAAAUUUAUUGAGAAUUCUUGAAUAUGCGCCAGUUGUAUCUGGUCAGGUUCUUGCACUUAUCAUAGACAAGAUUAUACAAAUAGAUGUUGAAAUACAAAUAGAGCUUGAUGACUUAGACGAAGAAGUAGAUGAAGUAGUAGGGAUUAUGACAAAUGAAACCGGCAGUAAUCAUCAAGAUAAAUUCUCGUCUUUCUGUGAAGAUGACAAUAUCAAUACAGAAAACGAUGAUAACGACGAACCAAAAGAUUUGUCCGAAAAUCAGUUUUAUUAUCAAGCAAUAGAGCACAUCAGAGAUAUGGUUAAUAAAUUAGAUUGCAUGUUAACAGCUUUAUUUGAUUAUCUAGCAACUAUAUUUACACAAUCGAAAGAAUCCGAUUGUAAAUCGGAAUCUUUAAUGGACAUUACAUUUGAACAUCUUCUUCACGCAUUCGAUUCAGUUAUUCUCCAUACGUUUCGCUCACGCUACACGCAAUUCGUAUUGUUUUGGGCCUCUCAAACAAAUGAAAAAUAUAUCAACAUGUUUUUGGGAUUAGUUUUGGAAAGAACUUUGGAUAUUUCUAGGUCUCCUGUUUCUCGGUCUAUAUCCUGUGCAUAUGUAGCGAGCUUUGUUGCCCGUGCCACUCAUCUCAGUAGAGAUAUGGCAAGAAAUACAGUCAACACGCUUUGCAGAUGGAUGAACCUCUUUCUCGAUGACUGGGAAAACACCGACGACUCCUCCAACAUCUUUCUCAAGAAAUUUGGCACCUUUUACUCCGUCGUCCAGUCCAUUCUUUACAUCUUUUGUUUUCGUUGGCGAGACCUCGCCAACGACGAUCCACAGGAACAUAGCUCCCCCUGGCUUAAGAGUCUUUUUGUUCUCCAAAGGGCUAUUGCAUCCAGGCUCAAUCCUCUUAUGGUAUUGUCCCUUACUGUUCUUCCAAUAUCGUUUCCCAGUUCACCGCAAUCGCGCACCAGCUUGGUUUCGUCUAUUGCUACCCAAUGGUUGAGCAAAACAAGCGUCUUGCAAACAUCUACUCGGCAUUCCAUCUCUCUUUCGACGGCACCGAUUCUCUCCCUCUACGUAUCGAAGACUAUUUUCCCUUCGAUCCGUACCAUCUUAAGCUCAGCCGCCACUUCAUCGACCCCAUCUACAACGAGUGGGUCCCUCCCGCGCCCCCCGACGGCCUUUCCGACAAUGCCUCGUCCGACUCUGGUACAGACCUUCCAUAGCAAACAGCGUCUUUGUUCCUUGUGUUUCCGCGUGUUCCCCUGUAUAUUUCCUGUCCUUUGUCCUCACCUCCCAUCGCUGCUCAGCAGCUCCCCAGUGCGCAGCCUAACCUAGCGGCACUUCCCUAAGGCAUCCAUCUGCGUUGUCAUGGCAAUCUCCUUUCCCAAUAAGGUACCCCUAACCC